AUGGAUUUGGAGGGUCGUAUCAAAGCGUACAAAUUUGUGGCUUAUUCAGCCGUAACAUUCUCAGCAGUUGCCGUAUUGUCCGUAUGUAUCACACUGCCAAUGGUCUACAACUACGUGCAUCAAGUGCGUCGGACGAUGAAUAAUGAAAUCAACUUUUGUAAGGGCUCAGCGAAGGAUAUUUGGGCCGAAGUUGGUUACCUCAAGAAGAUUCCACUGAAUGCCAACAACAGGACACGUCGUCAGGCUGGUUACGACGCAGGUGUAGAAUCGGCUGGUUCAUCACAAGGUGCAUCGUCAUGCAGUGAAUGUUGCUUACCUGGCCCACCCGGUCCCAAGGGUCCACCUGGAAAACCAGGAAGACCCGGAAAACCUGGUGCACCAGGUAUGCCUGGUAACCCAGGUAGACCACCAAGCCAACCUUGUGAACCAAUCACACCACCACCAUGCAAGCCAUGCCCACAGGGACCACCCGGUCCACCAGGUCCACCAGGUCCACCCGGAGAUGUGGGACCAGACGGACCACCAGGUAAUCCCGGUAUGGACGGAGCACCAGGAGAACCUGGCCCCAAAGGACCACCUGGCCCACCUGGUGAGCCUGGACCAAUGGGACCGCCCGGUGAACCAGGACCCGAUGCACCUAAUGAACCACUCGUACCCGGCGAACCCGGAGAGCCUGGCGACGCAGGACCACCAGGACCACCCGGGCCGCCUGGAGCACCUGGCGCUGAUGGUAUUCCGGGUCCUCCUGGACCGAAGGGACCGAAUGGACCAGACGGUGCACCUGGACCGGAUGGACAACCUGGACCACCAGGGCCACCAGGACCAGCAGGUGCUCAAGGCGAGAAAGGUAUCUGUCCGAAGUACUGCGCCAUUGACGGUGGUGUCUUCUUCGAGGAUGGAACUCGUCAACAUCACUUGGAUUUUCGACGUCUUAUAUUCGUUUCGUUCACAUCGCACACUCCAGUGAUCAUGGAUCUGGAGAGUCGUAUUAAGGCGUAUCGUUUUGUCGCAUAUUCGGCUGUCAUCUUCUCGGCUGUGGCCGUACUUUCGGUAUGCGUUACUCUGCCGAUGGUCUACAACUAUGUGCAUCAUAUUCGACGACAGAUGAGUAAUGAAAUCAACUUUUGCAAGGGAUCAGCAAAGGAUAUUUGGAGUGAAGUGGAUCAUCUGAAACAAAUGCCACUACCCAAGAACCGUACGGCCCGUCAAGCCAACGGAUGCGAAGCUUGCUGUCUCCCAGGUCCACCAGGUCCCAAGGGUCCACCUGGCAAGCCAGGCAGACCAGGAAAACCAGGAGCACCAGGUCUUCCAGGUAACCCAGGAAGACCACCAAGCCAACCAUGUGAGCCGGUCACACCACCACCAUGCAAACCAUGCCCACCAGGACCACCAGGCCCACCAGGACCUCCUGGACCACCUGGAGAGCCUGGACCAGAUGGACCACCUGGAAAUCCUGGACAAGAUGGCGCACCAGGCGAACCUGGGCCACAAGGACCGCCCGGCCCACCAGGACCACCGGGACCACCAGGACCACCUGGAGAACCUGGACCAGAUGCACCAGACGAGCCACUAACUCCUGGAGAACCUGGAGAACCCGGAGACCCUGGACCACCUGGACCACCCGGACCACCAGGAUUACCCGGUAAAGAUGGACUACCAGGUCCACCAGGACCACAAGGACCACCUGGCCCCGAUGGAGCGCCAGGUCCAGAUGGACAACCUGGGCCCCCUGGACCGCCAGGCGAACCGGGAGCACAAGGCGAACGGGGCAUCUGCCCGAAAUAUUGCGCAAUCGAUGGUGGUGUUUUCUUCGAGGAUGGUACCCGUCGUUAG